AUGGAAGGAAGUCUGUUGAUCAUCUUAGUUUUGUUAGUGACGAAUUCGAUACAAGGAUUAGAAGCAACAACUUCACAAGAUGAAAAAUCGAUGGUUAAAAAUCAACUCCAUCUCAUCAACAAGCCAUCAAUUAAAAGCUUCAUGACCAAGCAUGGUGACAUUGUGGAUUGUGUGGACAUUAACAAACAAUUUGCAUUUGACCAUCCGUUACUUCAAAAUCACUCAAUACAGGUUUGUUUACUUUUUGCAAUUUACUUUGACUACCAUUAUUGGAGCAUUAAAGCCAUGAAACCAAAUUUUAUGGUCUCUGAACAAACAACAUCAACUCGUCGUUCUUCAACGACAUUAACGCCUUCACAAGUUCUACCGAAACAUAUGAGAUGUCCACGAGGAAGUGUUCCUAUUAGAAGGAUCCAAGAGGAAGAUCUUGCAAUGCAGAAAUUCUCACCAUUGUUCGGAAUGAAAUUUUCGACUACCAAUUUCACCAAGUCUGUCUCCCUUAACGCUAAUGAUUUGCUUCCUGGACACCAAAUUGCAACUCUUGUAGUAGCCACCAAAAACUUAGGAGCAAAUGGAGUAAUUAACGUGUGGAAUCCUGAGGUUACACAGGAUCAACUAACAGUUGCUUCGGUUUUUGUUGCUAGUGAUGAUGUUUCCGGUGUUAACGGUGUAUCAGCCGGCUGGGUGGUGAAUCCUAGUGUAUUUGGCCAAAAUAAUACUCGGUUUUAUGCGUACUGGACCAAAGACUCCGGAAAGAACACAGGUUGUUACGACGGACUAUGUCCAGGAUUUGUACAAGUUAGUCAAAAGGUUACUCCUGGCCUAGCUCUACAGCCGGUAUCAACUUACCAAGGUGAACAACGUUUUAUCAAUAUUUCCAUCAAACAGGAACUAAAAACAAAGAAUUGGUGGCUAUUUUUCGGGGAUGAAGGAGUAGGAUAUUGGCCGAAGGAGCUAUUUGGCACCCUAGGGGACGGGGCAACAAGAGCAGGUUGGGGAGGAGAGAUUUAUACCUCGCCGAAGGAGGCGGCUCCGGGGAUGGGAAGUGGCCAUUUCCCAGAGGAAGGACCUAACAAGGCUUGUGUAAUAUAUGGACUAAGCUUGGUUGGUACGGAGAAACCUCCUGCAGAAGAAGACCUCAAAAUGGGUGUAAGUAAGCCUGAUUGUUAUAAGGUGAAAUAUGGUGGAGAUUCUGGUGGUCAAUUUGGACAUUUUAUGCUCUUUGGUGGACCACCAAAUUGUAAAAGUAUAACUUAAUUUGAACCUUUGAAGUAUGAAAUUAGUACUUUUUUUUUUGGGUGGCAAAGUUAAACAAGGUUUAAUGACGUUUUUGGAGAAUAUAUAAAAUUAGUGUGUGAUCCGAAUUUUGUCUCCAGUUAAAAUAUUGAAGUUUCAUGUGACAACUACAUGUCUACAUGGUCUAUUGAUGAUUUAAUUACCCAUUGGAUUUAAUUACAAACUUAAGCUUUAUUUGAUUGAGUUUGGGUCUAA